UGUAAUGGUGGACGAGUGAAGGAGGACAGGGGGAGCAACAUCAGCGUAAAAAUUGAAUCCCCAGACCAAACACUACCGUCCGCGGCUCGGAAAUUCACUCCGGCGAACAUGGAUGAACUUAAACAUCAAGUGAUGAUAAACCAGUUCGUCCUGACAGCUGGAUGCGCCGCAGAUCAGGCCAAGCAGCUUCUGCAGGCGGCACACUGGCAGUUUGAGACAGCCCUCAGUGCCUUUUUUCAAGAGACUAAUAUCCCAUACGGUCACCAUCAUCAAAUGAUGUGCACACCAGCAAACACACCGGCAACUCCACCCAACUUUCCCGAUGCACUCACCAUGUUCUCUCGCCUCAAGGCCUCAGAAAGCUUCGGCAGCGGCAGCCCCAGCAUGGGGUCCAUGGCCACCUCUCCACCUCCACCUCCGGUCAGCUGGGGCAUGACUCCACCCAUGGCCAGCCAGCAGGGAUUAUGGACUCAGGGCCCUCCGGGCACACAGGCUCACCCUCCCCCGGGCUGGCCAUCCACCGUCAACCAGCAAGCAGCCGCCGAACAGAAGGCCAGCGUGGCAAUGGAGGCUGAGAGAUGAGGAGCAGGACUGCAUGGCAAAAGGUGGGGGCUUGAUCCAGGGGAGGGGGGGCAGGGGUCACUCGCUUU